AGACAAAAGGGGUUUCAGGUCGCGCGCAUCUUCUCCGUUUACAACACGACAAAGCAAAAACAGCUCCAGCUAGAAACAUGGAGGCGUGUAUGAUGAAGCCAGAAGUGAAAAAGAAACCAAAGCCGCCCAAACCUCCUCCAAAGCCUUCAGAGGCAAAAAGAAACGACCCAGAGAGACUUGAGAAACUGUCUCCUGUGGUUCCUCGACGACCGAUGAACAACGAACUGACCCACACACAUAACAGAGUAAACAGAAUGGCAGCGGCAAUAAACGAGGCUAAUGGAAAAAUAAAGCAGCAGGAGACGAGAGAGAAACCAUCAGAAACUCCUGUUGUUCCGCCCAGACCAACAGAGAAGGAACUGAAUUCUGCAACCAGGUACAGCCAACGCAAGAGGAUAGAGGCCGACAACAAUGAGGGCGUCAGAGAAACGAACCAACCAGAAGCUGCUGAGGUUCACAAAGAUGAACUGGACUUCAAACAGAAUAAUCAGUCGGCUCUGACUGGAAUGUUUCGACGAAGCCAGAAAGAGAAGUCGCCUACGUUCACUAGCUACAUGAUCGACAACUUUGACGAAGAGGAAAAGGCUGACGACAUCCAAGUCAAACAGGCUCCUGGCAACAAACCGCAGGGCGGUCUGAAGGGAGUAUUCAGAGGGUUACAGUUCAAGACAUCACCAAAGGUCAGCAGAGAGCCGAGUCCGGAUCCCACGGCCGAUGAAGCGGCUUCACAAAAGGAACAAUCCACAGAGAAACCCAAGCAGGAAAGACAUGCUGAAGCCAAACAGGACAAAGGAGGUUUUCUCACUGGAAUGUUCGGCAAAACAAACAAAGAGACGUCUCCGACACUGACGGUCAGUAAAUCAGACAGUGAUGCCGAAGAUGAUGUAGAGGAGAAGACAUCACAACAAAUGCACGAAAAGGGAAACUUCUUCUCUGGGAUUCUUAAAAAGACCAAUAAACCAUCAGAGGAGAUGUCUGCACAGGACAGUCUGAGUGCUCAGGGUCUCUCUACCAGCAGUGACAGUCUGUCCGAAAACAACAACAACAACAACAAGGAAAAAGGAGGAAUAUUCAGUGGGAUGUUCAAGAAGACGCCAAAACCAGCAGAAGCUACUCAAGCUGAGGAGGACCAGAAGUCUCUGAGUGGUGAUCUCUCCCGCAGCAACGACAGUCUGACUGAGACUCACUCAAAGGAGAAGGGGUUUUUCAGUGGGAUCCUCCGCAAGUCUCCUAAGCUUCCUGUGGAGGGGACACCUGAGCAGGAUAAAGAGUCGGAUCCGUCAGCCAGCACUGAGAGUCUGUCUGAAACCAACACCAAAGAGAAAGGAGGUGUUUUCAGCGCCAUGUUUAAGAAAUCUCCAAAACCGUCUGAAGGGCCCCGACUGGAGGAGGGCGCGGAGCGGUUGCACGGAGAGUUCUCUGCCAGCAACGACAGCCUGUCAGAGAACAAGGAGAAAGCCGGUUUGUUCAGUGGACUCCUCAGAAAGACCCCGAAAACAAGCGGAGAGGAGAGUCUGUUGGCACAGGAAGAGAUUUCAGGCAGCAGGGACAGUCUCACUGAGGCUGGCAGCACCAAGGAGAAAGGAGGAGCAUUCAGUGGAAUAUUCAAGAAGUCGCCCAAACCUGCAGACAGUCCUCAAACAGACGAGGAGAAAAAGUCACAUGGCCAUGAGCUGUCGGGCAGCAGUGAAUGUUUGGCCGAGAACCCCAAGGAAAAAGGAGGAAUGUUUAGUGGAAUAUUCAAGAAGCCUCAUAAACCUGCAGAAGCUGCUCAGCCUGAGGAGGGAACGGAUGUUUCACCAGAGACUGAGCUCUCAGUCAGCAGUGAGAACUUAUCUGAGAACAAACAGGAGAAAGGAGGAGGCUUGUUCGGUGGACUCCUCAAAAAGACUCCUAAAGCAGAGAAGACUGCUGAAUCGCUGGACCCGGAGGCUCAGCGGGAGCUGUCAGUCAGCAGUGAUGACCUGUCAGAGAACAACAAGGAGAAAAACAUUUUCAGCAACAUGUUUAAGAAGCCACAGAAAACGGCAGAGAAGGACACGGAGGUGAGCUCUGAAUUAUCUGGCAGCUCUGAGAACCUGACAGACGCGACCGUCCCCAAGGAGAAAAAAGGAGGCUUUGCUGGAAUAUUUAAAAGAUCGGCCAGUAUCGACAACCUGUUCGAUGAGGAGAAAGGUGGACUGUUCAGUGGACUCAUCAAGAAAACUCCCAAAACAUCUGGAGAUGAGGAAGGUGCAGAGGACAAAGACUCCCAGAAGGAGCUGUCAGCGAGCAGUGACAGUUUAUUUGAAAACAAUAACACCAAGGAGAAAAAUAUUUUCAGCGGGAUGUUUAAGAAAACUCAGAAGCCAGCGGAAGAGGAAUCAAACAUAGAGGAGGACAAUAAGUUAUCGACCAGCUGUGAGAAUCUGUUGGAAGCGUCUACAACAAAGGAAAAGUCAGGUGGACUUGCAGGGAUCUUUAAAAAGUCUCCAAAACCAGCUCCUCGCUCCAUCGCUGUUCAGGACCCCCUCAGUGACUCUCAGCAGCUCUCAGGCAGCUGGGACAACCUCACAGAGACCGAGAAGGACGAACUUCUGGCUGCUGGUGAAUUGUCGGGCAGUAAUGUUAAUCUUCUAGAAGCUAACGGCCCCACAAAGGAGAAAAAAGUCGGCUUUGCGGGAAUGUUCAGACGGACGCCCAAACCUGUGGAGGAGAGUGAAGACAAGGAGGCGCCAGAAGGAGGCGUGAGGCUGAGACGCAGCAGGACCAUAAAGAAGAAAAGACGGGUCGUCUCGUUCCGAGUGAAGAAAACUCUUCCCAAAUUUCCCAGACUCACUGACUCUUCACAGAGUUCAGAUAAGAUGCCAGUCGUUGAGGAGUCUGUUGAGCUGCAGGACCUGAACCAAGUGCAGGAAAACACGGUGGAGGUGGAGCCUGUGGUGAUGGCAGCGUAUCCAACCGAAGGAAACGAAAAUGAGGAGGAAAGUGAUGAGCUGAUGGAUUGGUGGAACACGGUGAAAGGUUGGGCCGAGUGGAACCAGAGUUCGAAUUUCCGGGCCGAGGAUGAGGAAAUGGCGAUGGAGCAGGCGGCCGAUCGUGUCUACAUGGCGGCCCGCCUCUUCGUGCGCCUCUUCAACCAGCGGGGGGCGUCCUUACAGCAGCGCAUCCUCGAGCUGCUGGCCCUGGCCGACGCCGCCGACCAGUUCCACAAGAGGACGGUGUCGGCGGCGGUGGGCGGGGGCGUGGCCAGCGUGGCGGGCAGCGUGGCCACCAUCACCGGGCUCAUCCUGGCGCCGUUCACCUUCGGCGCCUCCAUCAUCGUCACGGCCGUGGGGAUCAGCGUGGCCACGGCCGGCAGCAUCACGUCGGCCACGGCCAACAUCACGGACACGGUUCACUCCAACAUGGACCGGAAGAAGCUGGAGAAGAUGAUCCAGGGCUACCAGGAGGAGAUCAAGGUCAUCAGGGAGUGUUUGGAGUUUGUGCAGGAAGGUAUGGACACUCUGCAGGAAUGGGACUUUGAGAAAUACUCCCAAAGCGCCGCCAAAAAGGCUCUGAACCACAACAUUAAGCACGUGAUGAAGGAGGGCGGCCGCGCCGGGAAAGCCCUCAUGGUCAACACCGACAAGCUCAUCAGCACCGUGCAGGUUCUAGGCGCGGCCGGCGGCGCCGCCAAAGCCGCUCAGGCCAUCAGCGUCACCACGGGCGUCAUGUCGGCGCUGUUUCUGGCCCUGGACGUCUUCUUCCUCGCCAAAGACUCCCACGAGCUCCGCAAGGGCGCCAAAACCAAGUUCGCCACCAAGAUCAGGCAGGUGUGUAAGGACCUCCAAGAUGGCCUCCUGGAGCUGAACAAGGUGAAGACGCAGCUGCAGAAGACGAUGGACGGCAUCGAGGUGGAGGAGUACGAGGAGAUCGAGGAGGUGGAGGUGGAGGUGGAGGACGACCUGGAGUCCGAUCCGAAGAAGCUGGCUGAGCUGGAGCAGGAGCUGGACAUGCUGGAGGAGAAGCUGGACAAGAAGGUGGUGGAGGAGCAGAAGAAGAGUAAAGAGUCGGAGAAAGCUAAGGUGGAGAAGAAAGACGAGAAGAGCGUGAAGGAAAAGGGGGAGAAAGAGGAAAAGGAGAAGGAGGAGGCGGAAGAAAAGAAAGAAGACGACAGAGGAGAAACAAAGACGACUCCUGGCGAGGAGGAGAAGCAGAAAAUGGAGACGCACGUCCAGGAAGAAUCCCAGAAAGGAAGCAAGAAAGACAAAGAAACGGAGAACAGGAUAAAAGCUGGAAAAGAGAAACUUGAGGGUAGUAAGAGGGACAGGGUGAAAGAAGAAGAACCAGACAAAACGACAGAGGGGAAGGAAAAGGAGAAACUUAAGUCGAGAAAAGAGGAGGAAGGAGUCAGGAGCAGCGACAGGAGCGUAAAAACACACAGCGAGAGAGAAAGUCAAAGGAGUAGGAGCAGCAGGGAGGAAGAAGGAGGGAUGAAGCCCGAACGUAAAUCUGUGAAUAAAGAGAAAGCGGAGGAGAGCGGGGGGAGACACAGCAGCAGGAGCGAGAGAGAAAGAGGAGGCAAGCAUGAAACGAGGGAAACCGAGGAGGAGAGAAGAAGCCGCCGCAAGGACAGAGAGAGCGACCGGACGGAGAGCUGGAGGAGGACAGGAGAGGAGGAGGAGGAGAAGGGAGUGAAGGACUGGAGAGCUGAGAUGGAAAAAAGCAGGGGAGGAGGAGGAGGAGGUGGGACGAGAAGAGAAGAUCCCGGAAGGAAAGAGUCGCAGCGAGGAGGCCACGAGGCGACGAGGAGGGAGCGCUCGGAAAGAGAGGACUCGACGAGGAGCCACCACAGGGAGAGGGGGGAGGAGAAACGAGGGAGCAGGGUGGAGAGCUCGCGGAGGCAGUUUGAGAGAGCAGGAGGCGAGGAAGUGAAGGAGGAGGAGCAGAGGACGAAGGGUGGAGAGAGUCGGAGGAGGGACAGAGACAGGGAACGAGGAUCUCGAAAUCGCUCCAACGCUCUUCGGGAGGACGGACUCUACAUCUAGUUACGAGGACGACCAGGUAUCAGCUGACUGGAACACAAACGCCAUGACGACGACGACAACACAUGACACCUACAGGAUCUUCACCUCAUGGUUUCUCAGGGUUUUGCUUCCUAAGACGACUUGUGCCACAAGUUGUCGCACAAAAACUUGAGAAAAACAAGCUGCUCUUCCUACGAGAUCAGCUUUAAAACACUUGAAAAGACGUAGCUCUUCUCUCUAACCUCCGGAGACCUGAGCUUUUGUUUGUUAUGCAUUUUUAAUUUAUCCGCGGUAUUGAGGAUUAGCAGGACCCAGCAAGUACAAAAACUAAGCAUCAUCUUUGAACAGGGAGUAGUUAAUAAAAAUAAAUCCUCAUAUGUGGACACAGGGAUUAUUUACCAGUAUAAAAGAAUAAAGUCAACAGUGUGUAACAACAUAUAAAACUAUUGCCAAAACAGGAUUAUAAACAAUAAAAUCCCAACGUCCUCAAACGAGUACUUGCUAACUAGUAGAUAAAUAUAAGAAUAAGAAGCUGCAACAAACCUAAAACUCAGUGUCCCCAUAUGAGGACACAGGGUUUCAGGAGGGUUAAUGUUCAUAGAUAAUUCAGCUAAUCCACCGUUUUCCUCCAGACUGAAAUGUCUCCACAACUCCUCAGUGGAUUAAACUGAACAUUCAUACAUGUUAUGACUGUGGCGCCACCAUCAGGUCUAAGAUGGGAUGAGACUUGACGUUGGAUACACAAUGCUGCUACUUUACAACAUCAAAUAAAUCCAAAAAAAAAAGAAGUACAAUACAUUCUGCUAAAAUAAUAAAUCCUAGGUUAGCUUUAAUUUAACGCUAAUAGUUAUUGUCAUCAAUAACAAUCAUUGCUGCUCUGUAUUUGCCCUUUCUAGCCAAACUGUUAGCAUGCUAAGACGCUAACUGAGAGGGCGACCUGUUGUCAGUUUGUCUGCAUGCUAAUAUUAGCAUUUUUUUUCGAGUGACUCUGCCCUUUGAGGCCUGUUCACGUUCUGAAAUGUGUGUGUAGAUUGGUUACGAUCUGCAUGCGUCUGUGUCUGUACCUUUUUUUUGAGUUGCCAAAGUCACACAGACGUGUUUACAUCAUCUUCCUUCCUCUUUUUUUACCACUGAAGCUUUUAUCUAGUUGCAUUAAAAUAGUGUGUGUGGUUUGUUUUAAGUCAUAAACAACCAGGGGAUCUCCUCACCUCUGAAUAUGUAUUUAAAACGUGUAGCUGUACUGCACAUGGUGUCUGUUACUUUAUGUGUUACUGGUGUUUCAGGGUGAACUUUUCUUAUCGACAUGUUGUUUUUGUUUCACUAAAAAGUGACUGAGUCGUUAUAUUUCAUGUAAUUUGGUCAGGAAAUGUAACAGGUUAAUGGAUUAUUAAUAAUUAAAUCACUUGAUACCUGUUUAGUUAGUUUUUUUAAAACUCACCUGUUGCAGGCAUUUUCCAUUUUGCACUUUAACUCUGAUUUACUGCUUCUUACUGAUGGUACAUUUUUAUCUUUACCACUAUUGUCUUUUUGCAUGUUUUUAUUAUAUGCGGGUGAUGUUUUUUCUAUGGUGCUGGUUUCUUAUUGAACAAAUAAAUUAUCAGAAAUAUUA